CUAUACGCCAUUUACUAAUCAGUUUCUAUUAUAGUGGUCAAAGUUAAACCAGGAUAUUCAAACCAAACACAUUUAUUGUGUUAUGUUAUGACAAAACUAUUACGUGGCGACGAAAACAAAGGAAAUUCACCGGUAGAUGAGAGUUUAAUAAUAAACCGCUUCACAAACAAGUAAAUGUUCAGUGUAGUAUAUAAAAAAAAUGGGCAUGUAAAUGAAUGUUCAUGCAGAUAAAUUAAAUGUCUGAAAAAACUGUAUUAACUGCGAUUGGUUCAUGGAAAAGACCUAAAACAUUAAUUCAUCUGAAAAUCAAAAGGUAGCUAACGAACAAGUUAGUUCACCAAGUUGUCCGUCUCUUCUCCCCUUCCACACACGAAUAUGCAUGAGUCAAUUUAUUAUUUAACUUGUCACUUCAAUAUUUCUGUCAACUUAGGAUCCAAGUUGUUUUACUGAAAUUCAACGGAAGCAAUUUCAACUACAUUUAUAUUUGUUGUAUCUUGUGCUGUGUGAGUAGCGGAGCCUAAAACUUUUUAUACUAAGAUCAAAUAUUUUUGGUGGAGUUAAAUUUUCAUUUUAAGUGGGAUCCAUAAUUUUUUUCUCGAAGAAAAUCAAACAUUUUUAACGGUGGGGUCAGCUGAUCCCACUACUACUACCCUGCCUCCUCCCCUGGCAGUGUCACAAUGUUAGGUAGACACAAUUUUUAUGAUUCAUGACUCGUGAUUCGACUCAUGAGUCAUGCCUCUCACCACCUUUGCCCCCGACCCCGACCCCGACCCCGACCGUUCCGUACACUAUACGCAUAGUCAAGAACGUAACUUUCAUUUCUUCACAGAUUUUUUCGCGCAUGCUAUCACGAUCGCACGUGUAUAUAUAUUAUACUCUUGAGUUUUGAGAUUUUAUACGUUUAACAAAGACAUGUUACAAAAAUAAAAAAUACGUUUCACAAAGACAAAAGUUUAGUGUGUUUAAUACAAUUUUAACUGUUGAUUUUUUUAAAACUUGUUUAUCUUCUUACGGUAUUAGUUAAAACAACUACUAUUGAAAUAAAUUGAUUUUUUUAAAAACAAAUUGUAUUAAAAAGAUUAUAUUUGAUAUUCUAAUUUUUUUUAAAAAAUGUGUGAAGAACCUAUAACUUGUAUUUUCGUGGAACAAAAAGAAUUUUGCGAAUAUGUCCAUGUACAUAAUAUGUUACCAAGCACACCCCAAUACCACUAGUAUUUAGCUGAUACUGUAUAUGUGACACUACAUUAUAUGAAUCAAUGGGUCCAUUACUAUACUUCACUAUAAACCUGUACAACCAAUUUAGGGAUUAGCAAGAAUUAUCAGUCAGUUUUCGUGUUGGCGUGAAAUAAUGGGGAAGUAGGAUUGCUAGAUUUGUGAUAGGCGUAGCUAAGACGUAGUUUGUCAGUGUUUGAAAUAGUAUAGAAAGGUAUGGGACAUAGUACAACUUUAGAUUUCAACUGUUGUUACUGACAUUACUACGACUCUUCUAUUUUAGUUUACCUUUUGUUCUUCUACCUUAUAGGAGCAGUAUGGUGGUCAUUUUUAUGCAUAACAAAUAAUUAAAUAAGUUAUGAACAUAUUAAAGACGUGAUUGUAAAGGGUUCUAAGAAACAACCUAAGAUAGUUUUACUUGUAAGUACUUUACCCAUUAAUCUUUCUUAUUGUACCACAAUAUUUCUAUUUAUCGAUGUCUUCCUAUAAGGGUGAACGAAAAGUAAUUACACCGUGCAAUAAGUGAAGUGAAAUCAAACCACACAGUUUUGUAGAGAGAUAAAACUGCAUAGAGAAAAGUUCCCCGGCCGACGGCGAGGCUCCUUUAGCCACCGUCGGUCCGGUUAUGUUUUUCAAGUUUUUAAACGGGGAUUUAGGUGUUUAGAUCUUUAGUUUGUGGAUCUGUUGGGUUUAGUCUCGGCGGCGCACCUAUCUACGGUGGCCGUCCGAUUUUGUCCCGGGAGGUGAUGGCUUUCUCAGCAUCUUCUUCGCCGGUUUCUGUUUCCGGGAGUCGGUGGCUUCGUCAGCACCGAGAUCGCCGGUUUUGGUUCCGGGAGGCGGUGGCUCUCUUAGCACCGCUAGCGCCGGCAAGUUUCUCGAGUUACCUCACCGCGAUCUACGAAUCCGAGCCUCUCUUGUUCAUCUGGCUCUCGUCUCUGAAUCUGGUUCCGCAUGCAUGUAUGUCGGAGAUGAUGAGCGAUUGUAGCCGGGUUUAUUCUCUAUUAAAAUCGUAGAUCCGGUUAGUUAUGAGUCUCGGUGUGCGUUGGUUGCAUUCGAGUUGUGGUGGAAAGGUGGGUUUGAAUGGUCUCGGCUCAAUUCCGAUGACGGCGCAGUGGUUAGGCGUCGUAUCGCGGAAGCUGGAGCCGCAGGAAGAAGAUAGGGAGGCGCGCGCUUCGCGCGGAUCGAGCGGCGUUGCCCUAGCUAGGGUUUUCGGAAUUUGGGCCUGUUGGGCCAUUAUGGCAGUUGUGUUUUUUAAUGUAUUUGGGCUUUUGUAGUUUUUCUUUGUAUGGUUUGGGCUCUGCCCUUUUGGGUUUUUUACCCCUUUUAAUUAAUAAAUUCAGAUGGAAAAAAAAAAAAAAAGUAAUUACACCGUGCAAGCGUAACGAAAACGUUGAAUUGAAUAAAAUUCACUAACUCUAUUGACAUUAUUUAAAUAAAAGACUAAAAUAGCAAGAACGGUGAUUGACAUAUUCACUGUUUUCAUACGUGUCUAUGCAAAAUAUAGUAAAAAGAUAUGCAUUUCAAGUAGCUUAGAUUGAGGAAGAUUUUGCAAUAAAGUUUGAAUAGUUGUUAUGCUGUGACAUGGUUAUAAUCGGUCACUAUAUUUAGACCGGGGCCUAUCAUAUUCUCCCUCAAACAAAAAAUCUAAUACAUUUAAUAUAAUUGUGAUAAUAUUAACUUUAUAAAAAGCUUCGAGUCUUUGACAUAACAUACAAAAGGCCUUACCUUGUGAUAUCACUUUAAAUUAUUAUUUCUCUUUGCCCAUUCUCUCCGUUCUUUCUUUUUCAUUGAGCAUAGGUAAUGAAAUCAUACAUUUAACAUAUAUAUGCAUUUGUUGCAACAAAUGAAUCUAGCUUUCUUUGUUAUAAUUUUUGUUUGUCAAUUAUGAUAUCGAUAAUUACAAAGAACAAAAGAGCCGCUUUAAGGAAAACAAACUUAUUGAUAUAAAUAACGAAACACGCGAUCAAGGAUCAACCAACAUUAAUAUUCAGUUUUUUUUUUCUAAACCUGUUUCAACAAUCUCUACUACACAAACUCAAUUUUACCUUUUUAGUUUUUUUUACUGAUUUAAUCAAUAAUUUUACUAAACAAGAGAGUUAUGAUAUAAUCCUCCCCAAAGCACUCUAGCUUUAUGUUUACAAUGUUACUUUUGUCCAUAUAUAAUAACUCAAGUAUCAUAUGCAGAAAAGAGAAUAUUUCCUAAGCAACUAUUCACAAGUGAAAAACACAUUAUUGUGCCGUAAAAACGUCUUUUCUCAAUCCCACUAUAGGACUAUUUAGAUAAUAAAUAUUAUGACAAAUGUAUAACAGUUUCUAAGCUUACCGUACAUUGUUGUAACAUUACGGUAGUAUUGUUGAUGAUGUAAGAAAAAUGGAUGGGAUGUUUCAUAAUUUCAAAUAACUUUCUCAUAAUAGCGACAGACGAAAGGAGGCAAACCAUGCGCACAUCACAUCACCUCUUCAAGUCUUUGAAUUUCCGUGUUACGAACAUGGAGGUGAUUCUAUUUCUUACGUGUUUGUGUAUGAACUUUUUUUUUUUUGCUAAAAUUUGGUGCUUGUCUAUCAACUUGAUGAGGAGUAAUGUUGAUGAAACAGCUUGCUCAGGUCAUAAAAAUGUAUGCUCUGCUUCUUCUUUUUUUACUGCGACAAAAGUAAUACUGGGUUUCAAACCUAAAUGUCAAUUGUUAGAAAAAAAAACUAAAUGUCUACAAUUAAGCAGCUUCAUUGGUUGGAAACUGCUAAAGUUUCUAAAAGGAAAAAAAUUAAUAUUAUAAUAAAUUAAUUACAUUUUAUUUUUUUAAAACCAAUCAAAACAUCUAUUUCAUUCUACUUGAUUGACAUUUGUCCACUAAAGUUUUAACUUUUAAGUAGUUUUUGUAAACCUCUAAAAACAGAACUUUUGUGCACAUUCUCUCCUAAAUUUGUUUUUUUUUUUGUUAAGUUUAGAACUCCUCUAGAGUCCACAGUUAAAGGUGCUCUAGUCUAAAAAAACUAACCCCAAACAGAACUUCGGCGUGUAGACCAAAUGUACCACCUGACAACAAGUCUACAACUACUUGCGUGGUUCGUGAUUUAUUCAAGGACCGAUUAUAAAAAUAUCAGAAGUAAUUAAAUACAGUAAAGAACAACCUCUUAGUCAGAUUCUCUCUCUCUCAACAUCUAUCUGCCCAUAUUUCUUGCUUUCAACAAAUUCAUUCACCAAUUUCCUUUUGUCCCAUCAACAACAAACAAAAUACUAAGUCCUUUCACAUAUAUUAAAACCACUUCACCACAAACCCUUACACAAGAAACCUUUAUUCAACAAUGUCCUCUCAAAACCGCAGAUCAAGAAACCAUUUCGUAUUAUAUGCAAAAAUAUUUUUUCUUUUUCUUGUUCUUGGAUUAUGCAAUGGAGCAAGAACAAGUGAGAACAACGUCUUCAACUAUAAAUCACACAAAGAAGUUCACCACGUCGUUUCUUCUUCAUCUCAACAGUUCUUGGGAUUCUUACCACGUCACUUCCCAAUUCCAGCUUCUGGUCCCUCUAAAAAACACAAUGAUAUUGGUUUACUUAGUUGCGAUCGAUCUUCUCCGUGAAAAGCUUUUAAAGGUCAUCAUGAAUUCCUUUUUAUUUUCUUUUAAUUAUUUCUCUAUUUUUUAUAUAGUAUAGUUUCUUGUGUAAAUGGUUUUUUUUUUUUGGUUUGUGAUGCCAAGAAAAUGGAGUUUUGGUUUGAUUCUUGUCAACGAUGCAAAACAUAUACAAUCUAUUAUCUAUGGUUAACCUGUAACUGAAUGUUGUAAUUUUGUUUUUGGAUGACUCGUAUUUGUAAUGUUGCAUGCAUUAAAUUAUUAUAGCGUGUGGUGUUCUUAAUAAUACUAGGGGGUUGUCCGCGCUUCGCGCGGAUUUAUUAGUUAGUUAUUGUGUGUAUGUUUGAUCUGGUUGUUCUUUGUUCCGACUACGUGUAUAUUGAUGUAUAAGGUUGUGUUAA